AUGGGAACGACGGUGGCGGGUCUGGCGCCGGGGCUGUCACGGAAGCUGAAGAAAGUUCUAGAAUCAAGGAUCGACACGCCGGAUCUCUUGUCUUCACUAAACACACUCUCUUCUUUCUACGACGAGAACACUCCUCAAGCACGCCGCAACCUCCGAUCAACCAUCGAAAAGCGCGCUCUAUCCAUCAACCACGAAUUCCUCGAUGCUUCACAUGCUGCGCAACUGGCUUUGGAUAGCGUGGAGAAUGAAGUGGAAUCGCUUGCUGAAUGCUGCGACAGGAUAGCAAAGGCUUUAAGCAGUUGUAGUGCUAGCACCGGUGACAUUAUAAGUACCACAGAGAGGCUCAAACAAGAACUUGAAACUACUACACAAAGACAAGAAAUUGUAACAUGUUUCUUACGCGAUUAUCAGCUCUCCCCUGAAGAGAUUGAUGCACUUAGAGAUGAAGAUCUGAAUGAAAGUUUUUUCAAAGCACUAUCUCAUGUCCAAGAGAUUCAUGCCAAUUGUAAAGUGUUGCUUAGGACACAUCAUCAGCGUGCUGGUUUAGAGCUAAUGGAUAUGAUGGCAGUGUAUCAAGAAGGAGCUUAUGAGCGCCUAUGCAGGUGGGUUCAGGCUGAAUGUAGGAAACUGGGCGACACUGACAAUCCAGAAGUUGGUGAGCUUCUGAAAACAGCUGUGCGCUACCUCAGGGAAAGAUCUGUUCUUUUCAAGUAUUGUGCAGAAGAGGUUGCCAAUAUGAGACACAAUGCACUGUUUAGAAGAUUUAUAAGUGCCCUAACACGUGGAGGACCUGGUGGAAUGCCUCGGCCAAUUGAAGUGCAUGCUCAUGACCCAUUACGAUAUGUUGGGGAUAUGUUAGGCUGGUUGCAUCAGGCUUUGGCAUCUGAACGUGAACUUGUACUGGUACUACUUGAUCCAGAUGCAAUAGUAGAUACUAGACCAACGACAAAGCAACUCUCCAAUAACUCUGAUAAUGGAUCUGGCAAGAGUGAAAUUGACUUGAUGUUUGUUCUCGAUAGGAUUUUUGAAGGAGUAUGUCGGCCGUUUAAAGUGAGAGUUGAACAAGUUUUACAGUCACAACCAAGUCUUAUAGUCUCUUAUAAACUCAGUAAUACACUUCAGUUUUACUGCUACACCAUCUCAGAUUUACUUGGGCAAGAUACUGCACUUUGUAAUACACUAUGGGCACUGAAAGAUGCUGCUCAGAAAACUUUUUUUGAUAUUUUGAAAGGCCGGGGAGAAAAGCUUUUACGAUAUCCCCCACUUGUUGCUGUUGAUCUUUCUCCGCCCCCGGCUGUGAGAGAAGGAGUAUCUGUACUUCUGGAAAUAAUUGAGAACUACAACAGCAUGAUGAUUCCUGCUUCUGGCCAAAAACCUGCUUUUGAUCCAGUUAUAUCUGCUACAUUGGAUCCAAUAAUUCAGAUGUGUGAACAAGCAGCAGAGGCACACAAGUCAAAAGUAGCUGGCAACUCAUCAAGAAGAAGUAGGAUGAGUAGCGACUCUAGUCAACUGACUAAAUCAUCAGUUGAUGCAAUCUUGUCAAACAGCCGCUCUGCAUCAUCACUGACUAGCGAGACACCCUCAAAGAUCUUUCUCAUUAACUGCUUGUGUGCUAUUCAACAACCUUUAUCUGGAUAUGAGGUUGCUGCUGAGUAUGUGAAAAGACUUGGAGCAAUGAUAGAUAAUCACCUACGCGUUCUUGUGGAGAAAGAAGCUGAUGCAAUCUUAAGUAGAUGUAAUUUGUCAGAAAAGAUGCCUCACUUCCAUAAUUCAAUCCAUAAGGACGGGGAAGAUGAUGUUGGUACCCCAUUGGCUGAACUGGAAGAUACAAGUCCAACCAUUCUUUCAGAGUGUUUGAAAGCUCUGUUUGGUCUUAUUUUGGGAAGCGAAAGUUCCCUGCCUGAGUUUGAGCAGAUACAGGUUCCAAAGUUGCGUUCUGAAGCUUCUAUAGGAGUGGCCAGAUCACUGGGUGAAGCUUAUGAGCUUAUUUAUAAUGCUAUAAUGGAUCCCAAAAAUGGUUAUCCAGAUCCCAGGUCGUUGGCAAGGCAUCCUCCUAAUCAGAUAAGAACUAUAUUAGGGAUAUGA